AUGCCAGGGCCUAAAGACGCCAAGAUAAGUAAAAUAAAUCACUACCUCUGCCCCCUUGUUGCCGAACUUAAGACUUUGUAUGACAGUGUAAUGAUACCUACAGCUCAGUGUCCCCAAGAAACUCAUGUUUGCACUGCUCUGUUUCUUGCUGCCCACAAGACAUGUGGGUUUACAUCACACACCAGUGUCAAUACAUGCCAUAUAUACAACUUAGAGUGCACUAUAAUAAAUCUGAUGUACAACCCCUUCGUCGGAACCACCAAAUGCAUCAUGGAAAAGUGGAUAUCAACUGGUCUGAUCUCUAAUGCACAUCUCAUAGCUAUGCAAGACAAUGCCAAUAAGCUUCAUGUUCCUAUAGGCUACACAUCUCUCAGAAAAAAGAUAAUUAAGACAUUUCCUUUCAUAAAGGCUGAUAAAUGGAAGUCAUGGUGCCUUGUCUACUCUCCCACUGUUCUGUCUGAUCACCUUCUGCAAAAACAUUUUGACAACUGGAUGUGCUUUGUCAAUGCCUGUCAGUAUCUAGCCAUGCCAAGCUUGACGUACAGCAACCUUGCUGAGACACAUUUUUGCUUGGAGCUAUUUGGAAGAAAUUCACAGACUCUGUAUGGAGAGCAAUUCAUCACUCCAAAUAUGUACCUACACCUACAUAUCAAAGAAACGGUUCUUAACUUUGGGCCAGCAUAUGGUUAUUGGCUGUUCUGCUUUGAGCAUUUUAACAGCAUAGUUAAAUCAUAUAAAACCAACAAAAAAACGGCUUUGAGGGCACACUCUUAA